AUGGCAUUGCAGAACUUUGAUCCAGAUGCAUUUUUCGAGGAUUGGUCAGAGGAAAAGUACUCUCCAACUUGCAGCGGAAAAGUUCUGGCACAAUGCAUAGGGGAAUCAUUUGGUAUUCCACCCACCGACAAGUACGUCUAUCGGGCGCAGGCAGAGACUACCUUGCACACCACGCAAAGAGCCAUCGAAGCGAAGAGAAACCAUGGGCUGCAUGGAUGGUAUCACGAUGAUGAGGGAAAGCCUACUGAUCCACCGCACCCCUCCCUGGAAGAGAUCCAAGCCUAUACCUCCCUCUUCUCGCCACAAAACAACCUCCCCACCGCCCUAAACAAUUUCGCCAAAUCAGCAAAAGCCGACACCCUCCGCAAAAGCAUAGGGAACCACCUAAACGACCGACUCCUCAACAAAUCAACCAACUUAAUCCCUUCCAAAAGAGAUCCUAAGAAACCAGCUCGACAGCACAAGAACCCUUAUCUGGAUCUCUGGAAGUACUCGUGCGAGGAAUUGGAAUGGGCCGGACCUUUACCAUCGACGACGUAUACCAAGAUAUCCCAUCAUAUCUUACCAAUUUUCUACCACCACUUUGGUUGCGUGGUACCCUCGUAUGCCGCUCUACAUGUACUAGCCAAACUCGCUCAGCCGGCGAAACCGGCGAAAGAAGAUGUGCUCCCCAUCCUGGAUAUAGGUAGUGGAAACGGAUACUGGACAUACAUGUUGCGCAACUUCCCCAACGCCCACAUUGGUACCUCGAAGCCGCUCGAUGUACGUGCCAUCGAUAACCAGAUCAGCGAGUACCGUGUCUCCUGGAUCAAGGACACUAUCAUCAUGGACGGCAAAGAGUAUUUGAAGAGACAUGAUGGCGGGGAAGGGUGUGUGCUGUUACUAGUUUAUCCGCAGGCGACGGGUGGCUUCACAGGUCCGCUACUCAAGGCUUUUCAGGGGGACAGGAUAGUAGUUGCGGGAACACAGAAUGGGAAUGGGUUUACUGGGUUUCAGGAUGUGGUUGUGGAUGAGUGGGUGGAGAAAAAUCUCAAGGCAUUUGAGUUGACUCUUAGGAUGCCGUUGCCGAGUUUUGCGGGCAAGGACGAGGCCCUUUUUGUGUUUGAGAGAAAGAAGUAG